AUCUAAGAUACUUACUUACUACACUAUUCUUAAUCACUAAUGGAGGAAAAGAUCAUAGGCUUAUUCAAUGUGUUUAAAAUAGCGUCUAUUUCCAAGCUCGCUAUUUGCUCCUCAUUUAUGCCUGUAGAACCCUUUCUUCUAGAGAUGAUCUUAACGUAUAUUUGUUACCUGUGACUCCGCUAAAUCUAGGUAAGUUGCUUCUUGAUAUUCUCUCUGUUUGGCUACCAUAAAUUCACUUUCCCCUUUAUUUUUUCCCAAUCCUCUUCUCUAUCUUUCCUCUUUUUAUCUUUAUAUCAAUUGGAGUCCAAUGGCACCUGCAAUACAUGAAGAAGAUAGUGAUUGGGAACAUACCGACACGCAUUAUCUGUUCAAGAAGCCUAUUGAGAAGCCUGCCAACGAUGAGCGAGAUUACCGACUUAUAAGACUUUUCAACCAGCUCGAGAUUUUGUUGAUCAGUGAUCCCGAGACGGAUCGUGCCAGUGCAGCACUGGAUGUCCAUGUAGGAAGCCUAAGUGAUCCGCCAGAAUUGCAAGGUUUGGCUCAUUUUUGCGAGCAUUUACUGUUUAUGGGAACAAAAAAAUACCCAAAAGAAAACGAUUAUUACAGUUAUCUUUCAGAGCAUUCAGGUCAUGCGAAUGCUUACACAGGAACAGAAAACACAAACUAUUUUUUUGAAGUCGGGCAUCAAUGGUUGGAAGGCGCACUUGAUCGAUUUUCGCAUUUCUUUAUAGAUCCAUUAUUUUCGGAAAGUUGCACAGAAAGAGAGUUGAAGGCUGUUGAUUCUGAGCAUAAAAAGAAUCUUCAAUCAGACUGUUGGCGUAUUGCUCAAGUAGAGAAAAGUCUAAGCAAUCCAAAUCAUCCAUGGCACAUGUUUGAAACAGGCAACUUAGAGACAUUGAUGGAGAAGCCCAAGUUAUUAGGCAUAGAUAUUAGGGAUGAGCUUUUGAAUUUUCAUGACAAGUAUUAUUCUGCAAAUAUAAUGAAGUUGGCGGUUAUUGGAAGAGAAUCAUUGGAACAACUUACAAAAUGGGUUGUUGAAAAGUUCUCCAAUGUAGCAAACAAAAAUAUACCCAUUCCUUCCUUUGAGGGUCAUCCUUUGACAAAAAAUGAAUUGAUGCGACAAAUUUUUGUUAAAUCAGUCAAAAAAAGCCGUACUCUAGAUAUAACCUUUCCUUUUCCUGAUCAAAGUCUUUACUACGAAAGUCAGCCUGCUCACUACAUAUCGCAUUUGACUGGUCAUGAAGGCCCUGGCUCUAUAUUAUCCUAUUUGAAAAAGAAGAACUGGGCAACGUAUCUCAACUCGGGCAUGUGCUUCGGUGGAAUCGGGUUUGGGUUUUUUCACGUUAGCGUUGAUCUCACUGAAAAAGGCUUAGAACACUAUGAGGAUGUUGUUGUGUCGAUUUUUGAAUACAUCGAAAUGUUAAAGGAGUCAGGCGUCCAAAAAUGGAUUUUCGACGAGAUUAAAUCAUUGGCAGAGAUGGGUUUCAGGUUUUCUGAAAAGUGUCCACCUUCUCAGUAUACCUCAUUUCUAGCACAACAGAUGCAAGAGAAGUUUCUUCCUCAGUGGAUACUCAGCGGCAGUUGCUUAUUACGAAAGUACAAUCCAGAGUUAAUUGAGCAGCAUAUGGAUUUACUGCGUCCAGAUAAUUUCCGAUUGACACUAGCUUCCCAAGAGUUCCCUAAUAAUCUGAAAUGUACCAAAGUCGAAAAAUGGUACUCUACGGAGUAUGAGGUGCUUCCGUUAUCCGAACAAUUAUUAUCAAGACUUUCCGAUAUCUCGAUAAACACAUAUUUCAAAUUGCCCGCGAUAAACGAAUUCAUUCCUUCUAAAUUGGAUGUCGAUAGAUUGGAUACAAAGAAGAAAAAGAUGCAGCCCGAUCUGCUAAAGGAUACACCUUUAACCCGUAUAUGGUAUAAAAAGGAUGAUACGUUCUGGGUCCCUAAAACAAACGCGUGGAUAUUUUUUAAAAAUCCUUUGUUUUAUGCUGUUCCUCGUAAUGCCGUUAUUUUAGAACUAUUCAUCAACCUGUUAACCGACUCCUUAUCUGAAUAUUCGUAUAAUGCUGAGGUUGCGGGACUGCUUUACUAUUUGAACCGAGAAUCAAAAGGCAUUACACUAUAUAUUGGUGGCUAUAGUGACAAACUGCCCUUGCUUUUAGGAAAAGUAGUUGACAAGAUGAAGCAUUUGAAAAUACAGCCGGAUAGGUUUGCCAUUUUCAAAGAUGAGCUUACACGCGGAUACGAGAAUUUCUUUAUGGAAGCGCCUUAUCAGCAUUCUGCUUACUACAUGUCGUAUGCCCUGUGCGAGAGAAAAUGGACAUGUGAUGAUUAUUUGGCCGAGAUCAAAGACUUAACCAUAGAAGAAGUACAAAAUAACAUUUCAAUGAUUACGUCUAAUUUACAUAUCGAAGGUUUAAUUCAUGGCACUUUGGAAAAAGACGAAGUGAUUGCGAUGUUUCAAAAGCUACAAGAUAUUCUGAACCCUCGCCCUUUACUAUCCAGCCAGUUUAUUGGAGAGCGUGCUGUGCUGUUACCUCCAGGUGCCAAGUAUGUCUAUCAGUUACCAGUGCGCGAUCGUGAUGAAGUGAAUUGUGCCAUCAAUUACAAUUGCCAGAUUUGCAAUGUAACAGACAUUGUGCUUCGAAAUCGCUUAAGCCUCGUCGCACAAAUAGCACAAGAACCUUGUUUCAAUCAGCUUCGUACGAGGGAACAGUUAGGCUACCUAGUCUUUAGUGGCAUUCGUAGACAAUUAAGUCAAUUGGCGUUUAGACUUAUCAUACAAAGUGAACGUGACCCCAUUUACCUCGAGAAUCGUGUACUGGAAUUUUUGGAAGCGUUGAGAGAAAUCAUUGUCAAUAUGAGUGAACCAGAGUAUGAGUCUCAGAUCAAUUCUCUCAUUGCAGAAAGGACAGAAAAAUAUAAAAACCUCUGGGAAGAAGGUAACAAGUAUUGGAUGGACAUUGAAUCGGGCUAUUAUGAGUUUGACGAUGUUGACAAAGACGUACAAGAAUUGAAAACGAUUACCAAGGACUCGUUGUUAGCCUUCUACGAUAAGUUCAUUAUGCCAGAUUCUCCCAACGCCAGUGCUUUUUCCGUUCAUUUACAAUCCCAAAAAAAGAAGGCGCUCACUAACGACAAAAGGAAAGAAGAUGAAGAGCGAAAGCAAAACUGUUCAGUAGACCAACUGAAUGCAACUCUAAAGUAUCUCAAAAUCAUUGAUUCCAAAACAAUGACAGAAGACAAGCUAAAAACACUGGUAACAGACAGUGGUGGAGAUACCAUGCUUCAAAAUGAUGGAAAGCUUGACGAAUUUUUGAGCAUCAGCCUCAAAGUGCGAGAGCCCAGUAUCAGGAAGCAGGUGACUGAGAAACUGAAGCAAGGACCAAGCGGACUAUCAAAACGAAAUCAUGCAAAACUACCUGAGCACUAUGAAAUUAUAAAGGACAUAAACAGCUUCAAACAAAGAAUGCGCCUCUCUGUUGCGGCUGUACCACUUUACCCCUUUGGCAAUGUUUAAAAAUGCCUGCAAAGCCUGCAAUUUCAUAUUUUCUCAUUCCUCACAAAAAGUAUCGACCAUUUAUUGAUACACUUUGUUUUAACCGCCGUUUCAACCAUGUAUUUUAUUUCUAUUCGUAUAUCUACAAUCAGGUUAAUAUCUAACUUUGUAAUUUAUAAUUUCUUUUUCUUCUUCCUUUCACUAUAUUAUCCGCACUCCCUUCGCCUUAUUUUUAAUAAGUAUACAUAAAAAAAUUCUCAAUCAUACAAUAAUAAACCAGCUUUGAUCCACAGUAAAAAAAAUGACGCAAAACUAUGAC